UUGGGAGGAGAUAAUCAUGUAUAUCCUGAUGCAUAUGACUCAGAUGAGUUGUCUUAUUUGGAAAUUGAAAAAAUAGUAAAGACAUGGGUACAAGCAUGAUGACCUAAUAUACUACAAAGAACUUGACAAAAGCCUUGUUGAUGGGUUAAGACUCUUGUCUUCUGACCAUGACAUACUCGAAAUGGUUCAGCACCAUAUAGGCCACCAGGUAGUUGUGUUAUAUUUGUUAUCUUUUGAAGAUAAUGAAAACGAAGAUGAGUUGAUUGAUGAUGGUGAUAGGCAACGUUCUAAUAGGAAUGAUCCUGUUUGGUCUGAGGUACUUAGUAAUGAUGAUGAUGCUUUUGAAGUCGAUGACGACGAGGAGUUAGAAGUCAAUGAUAAUGAAUGUCAUGAGGUAGAAAUUGAUGCAGAGGGGGGUGAGGAUGGAAGUGAUGGAUGUCAUGAGUUAGAAGUUGAUGCGGUGGGGGGUGAUAAAAGCGAUGUGGGUGAUGGGUCACAAAUGGUUGUGUACAACAGCUCAAAUGUUGAUGACACCUCAAAUGCAGGCACAUCUAAGGGUAAGGAAGUUCACUCAUUCUCAUCAUCAUCAUCAUCAUCAGAUGAUGAUGAUAAGUCAUAUGAUUAUCCAAGUGAUAUAUUGGAGUCCCCUCGUGGUAGUGAUGAAGAUGUGUCAUCCCUACCUAAAUGUGUGACUAGGUGUCGCACAUUCCAAACAAUUGACUUGAUUAAUCUAAACAUGGAGAAUGAACAUAGAUUUCCAGAUGUGUAUAUGUUCAGAGAAGCUAUUAGACAAUAUAAUGUAUUAAGGGGGAAGGAUAUAGUUUUCAAGAAAAAUGAUAAGGAUAGGGUGUGUAUAGUGUGCAAAGAUAGUAGUUGUGAGUAUAGAGUAUAUGGGCGUCAAGUGAAGGGCGAAGAGACAUUCCAAGUAAUGUCUUUGAAUCCGAAGCAUUCAUGCUUGAGGCGAUACAAGAAUAAUAUCAUAACUUCUACUUGGAUAACUGAUAAAUUAAUGGGUGAGUUUAGAACCCAACCUGAUUUGCCAAUAAAAGCCCUCCAAGAAAAGGUAAAAGAUAAGUGGAAUGUUGAUGUGAAUGAUAGAAAGCUUUAUAGGGCUAGAAGAAAGGCAAAGUCAAAAAUAUUUGGGAAGUUAGAUGAACAAUACCAUUGAUUGUGGGACUAUGUUGCAACUAUUAGGAAAACAAAUGUUGGUAGCUGUGUAUUGUUGAGGGUUGAAAGACCAAUGUUUGAAUUGCCACCAAGAUUCCAAAGGAUGUAUAUCUCCUUAUCAGCCAUGAAAGCAGGGUUCAAAGCAGGUUGUAGGCUUGUAAUUGGGGUAGAUGCUUGUUUUCUCAAGGGCCCUCAUAAGGGACAACUCAUAAGUGCAGUUAGCAGGGAUGCCAAUAAUAACAUGUACCCCAUAACAAUGGCAGUUGUAGAAGCUGAGACGAAAGACAGUUGGUUAUGGUUCUUGGAAACACUUGUGGGUGAUCUUGGUCAAUGUGGCUUGACACAUGGGUGGACUUUCAUCUCAGAUAGCCAAAAGGGACUUAUUCCAAGCUUUGCACAAGUAUUGCCUAUGUUUGACCAUCGAACAUGAGUCCAGCAUUUGUACAAUAAUUUUAGAAAUGAUGGCAAUCGGGGAGUAUUACUAAAGGAUAAACUUUGGAAGAUAGCUACGACAUAUCGGAGGCUGAAUGUCUUGCACAUAUAGAAGAAUUGAAGCAAAUGAGUCAAAAGGCGCAUGAUUACCUUGCAAAAGUUGAUCCACGUACAUGGUGUAAGGCAUACUUCCAUUCUUACUCAAAGUGUGACCUAUUGGUCAACAACCUCUGUGAAAGUUGGAAUGCCUACAUUUUAAAAUUCAGGGACAAGCCAAUCUUACAUAUGUUCGAGAGGAUUAGGAAGAAAUUAAUGAGGAGGUAUCAAGUGAAGAAGGAGCGCAUUAAAGCUAUGAAAGGAAAAUUUGGCCCAAGGAUAGUUGAGAAGAUUGAGACCGAGGGUGAUAAAGCAGCUUAUUGUACAUCAACCUAUGCUGGGAAUGGAUUAUUUGAGGUAGAUUGCAAGGGUAAAAGUUUUGUGGUUGACUUGGGGAAGAAAACGUGUAGUUGCAGGAAGUGGGAGAUGGUUGGUAUCCCGUGCGCUCAUGCAUUUUCAGCUAUAUUAUAUGAUGGUGGAAAUCUUGAGGAUUAUAUUGACCACUAUUAUAGCAAGGAAAUGCAUUUAAAAGCAUAUGAGCCAAUAGUGUGUCCUAUGCCUAGUGAAGAGCAAUGGGUUAAGACCGACAUGGAGAAGAUAGAACCACCUAAGUAUAGAAUAACACCUGGUAGGCCUAAAAAAGUAAGGAGGAGGGGGCCUGAUGAGCCAAAGAAUCCAAAUAGGAUUAGAAAAGGUGGUAUUACUAUGCAAUGUUCAAAAUGUAGAAAGGUGGGUCACAACACAAGAACAUGUCCCGUUAAGAAGAGGCAAGAUGCAAUAAGGAAAGCUCAGAGAAAUUGGACUGCAGAACAUGCUAGAACAAACAGGAGUUUGGAUGA